AUGGCAAAUCUUAGCCUGGCUGUGUUAUUGGUCGCAAUGACCCUUGAUGGCGGCAUACAUGGCCAGUAUACACGACUUCAGAAGGAAUUGAGUGACUAUUUGCCGGCACACGUUGGCAAAUCUAACUUUACACUCGACAACGCCAGAGAUCUUCUGUACAAAAAAUGUAAAAAGGUGUUGUUGAAUGGCACCACGCCGCCGGAAUAUCAAUACGAGAAUAUAGAGAGAGCGGCUCAUAAGCUGAUCGACUGUGCCAAUGAUGUCGUCAACAUCACCGUUGUUAUGCAGGAAAUCGAAGCGGCUAGUCCCAUCGGUGACCUGGACGUGGUCCUUGCUAAGUACUGCAAGAAGAUGCCCCUGGCCAAGCAGUGCUUAACUGAAUUCAAUGACCAACUGGUGAUGUGCUUGACACCUCGCGAACGUUCGCAGAACGCUGAGAUGAUGCGCAUCGUUGAUUCGUUGUUGGAUUUCGCCUGUCACCGCAAUGGCGAAGCCAUCGCUUUGUUUAUCGCCGAGGAUGGUCCAAAAUGUGUGGAGUACAAUAAGGAAAACAUAGCGAAGUGUAUGAAUGCAACAUUUUCCUCCUACAUUCCCGAAUCGAUUCCCUCGGAAUUGCCAGAGCUUGUGAUGGGUCCCGAGCAGUGCAUAGAUAUGCAACGCUUCGAAAAAUGUUUAAUUCGCUACAUGGAGACCUGUAAUGAAGCCACACCAGCCGGUUUGGUGGAGUCCUUAUUCAGUACGAUUGGCCGGUUAAUUUCAAAGGAGGUCACAUCCGUUGCAAGUUGUCGAUUAACUCGUACACCGAGACGUUUCAUGUGUUGCGACCCAUAUCACGAUACCUUGAGAAAUCUGAUACUCUGCAAGGAGUCAAAAGUUAUCUGUCAGGGCUUCACAGGAAAACAAGCUACAUUUCAUUGUAAAGAGGCUCUGAAAUAUGGUACGAAAGUUGUAGGCGGCGUUUCGCCAAAAAAGGCCGGAACAAAGCAUCUGGACUUGCCUGUCUUUGAGUGCGUAGAGGAAGCGAAACAGGAAACUCAACCUCAUGCUUCCGUCAUUUAUGUUCCGCCACCGGGAGCAGCUGCCGCCAUAAUGGAGUCAAUUGAGGCAGAGAUUCCGCUAAUUGUGUGCAUAACUGAAGGCAUACCCCAGCACGAUAUGGUAAAAGUGAAGGCAGCUUUGCUGCAGCAAAACAAGUCCCGUUUGGUGGGUCCCAAUUGUCCGGGUAUUAUUGCUCCAGAGAAGUGCAAAAUUGGCAUUAUGCCGGGUAACAUCCAUAAGCGAGGUAUGGUGGGUGUAGUGUCACGCUCUGGAACCCUCACAUAUGAGGCAGUCAACCAAACCACAUUCUACGGUUUGGGCCAAACACUAUGCGUGGGGCUGGGUGGUGAUCCCUUUAAUGGCACGAAUUUCAUUGAUUGUUUGGAGUUGUUCCUUGAAGAUCCCGAGUGCAAGGGAAUUGUGAUGAUAGGCGAAAUUGGUGGUGACGCCGAAGAGAAGGCAGCCGAAUUUCUGAUGGAAAACAAUUGUGGCGACCCACCGAAACCGGUGGCCGCAUUCAUUGCUGGUCUCACAGCGCCCCCGGGCAGGCGAAUGGGACAUGCUGGUGCCAUAAUAUCUGGCGGCAAGGGUGGAGCUCAGGACAAAAUUAAUGCCCUGGAGAGUGCCAAUGUUGUAGUCACCAAUAAUCCCACAACAAUUGGCAAGGUAUUGUACAAGGAAAUGGUAAGUCUGGAGAUCGUCAAGGAGAAGCCCAAAUGA